AUGGGGACUGAUGGUGGCAGGUGGGACUCAACAGGGCAAAGGAAGAGAUUCGAGGGAGGAGGCGGAGGUGUCUGCGACGCUGCCGUGAGUCAGGCUCUGGCUGCAGCCGCGGCCGGCACGCUGCGGAGCGCGCGCGGGCAGCGGGGGAGGCAGCGGCGCCAGCCCCGCGCGCUCCCUGCCCCCAAGGUUGGGCCGCUGAGACGCGAUCAGCGGACAGACAGCGGUCCGGGACAGAGGAAGGACGAGCGCUCCGAGGCGCAGGGGUCUGGUUCACUCGCCGCCCGCCGAGUCGCCAGUAGGUGCGUCCAGUGGCUCAGGGGUCCAGCACCUAGCUGUCUCUUGGAAGUGUCCAUUUCACUGGGUGUCAUUGUGGGUCUGUUUGUGGCACGGGGGCAGGGGGAAGGUGAGUGGAUCUGUGUGACGUGCUGCGCGUCUUGGUGGGCAGUUGUUUACCUGGCCCAGGGCCCCAGGCAGUGCCCAGCCCUGCUGGGAGCCUCGGCCAGCACCACGGACGGCACCCAGGAAGCCCGAGUCCCCCUGGACGGGGCCUUCUGGAUUCCCAGGCCACCAGCAGGUUCACCCAAGGGUUGCUUCACCUGUGUUUCCAAGCCUCCUGCCCUGCAGGCUGCAGCGGCCCCGGCCCCUGAGCCUUCAGCCUCACCCCCCAUGGCACCCACUCUGUUCCCCAUGGAAUCUAAAAGCAGCAAGACUGACAGCGUUCGUGCAUCAGGUGUUCCCCAGGCCUGCAAGCACUUAGCUGAGAAGAAGACCAUGACGAACCCCACAACAGUCAUCGAGGUCUACCCGGACACCACGGAGGUGAACGACUACUAUCUGUGGUCCAUCUUCAACUUCGUCUACCUCAACUUCUGCUGCCUGGGCUUCAUUGCUCUGGCCUACUCCCUCAAAGUUAGGGACAAGAAGCUCCUGAAUGACCUGAACGGAGCCGUGGAAGACGCCAAGACAGCGCGGCUGUUUAACAUCACCAGCUCUGCGCUGGCAGCCUCCUGCAUCAUCCUCAUCUUCAUUUUCCUGCGGUACCCCCUUACUGACUACUGAGCCCAGCAGGCAGUGGCCUUGAAGACAUAGUAUUGAGACUGAUGGCAGUGAGAUUCAGGAUGCAGAGAGUGUGGAACAGAAUGGGCUUUUGCCAAGGCCCAGAGCCAUGCAUGGCAGCAAGGCCGCCAGAAGCCGAGUGCCCAAUGGAGUGGCACACUCCUCCCAGCCACCCUAUCUGCCUCCUGCCCCUGUCCUGAAGUCACUGGAUCUCUAGGCUCCCUCUCAUGAUGCUGCCUGGUUGCCAGUGGCUGCCCUCCCUGACCCAUGCACCCUACCCAGGCUCCUGCACUCCUCAGACAUGACACCCAGCAAGAAGGGCUUAUGUGGGAGCUCCCGGGAUGGGAGCUGCCAGCUCCUAGGGCUCCCUCACUCCUGACCCCAACUUCCUGGAAGCUGUGACCCCUGCUCCAAGCUCCUGUAUCUGUGAACUUUCAUUAA